AUGCAGGGGGGGGUGUCGGCCUCCUACAAAAACGACGUGACGUCUCGCGCCGCCACAGAGUUGUGCGUGCGCUCGCCCAGUAGGGUUGUGUGUGUUGUGUCUUGUGCGAUGCAUUGGAUACCCGUUUGGAAUUAACCUGGGAUUUUCUAUCCUUACGGAUUACGGACUCUCUACCAGGCCAUUAGCAGCCGUCGGCGGCACCGACGGCGAACCAGCUUUGGCUUGGAUGGUCUUCGGACGUUGGCAGCGACGCUGAGCGCUCGUCGACGACCAUGAUUCUCUCGUCGGCGUCUGAGUCGAAGGUCUUUGCUUCAUCGUACGACGCCUUUAUGCACCUUUCAUUCGUCGGUAGUAGCGGGCACAUGAUGUCCUCAGACUCUGCGUCUCCGUACCGCUCUCCUCUGGACCACUGUUCCCUGGAGGAAGCCGAAGAGGUGAUUUCCAUGUACCUCAACGACCACCACAAGCCCGGUAGUACUACUACUACUCCCGGCGUCAACACCAUAGACGACUUCCAAACUUUUCGCAUCGUCAACAAACUAGAAGACUUCCAGUCUUCUCGCAAGGACCUCUGCUGCGAGUUACUGCCUACGCCUCCGCGGUCUCCCGACCGGACGGACUCCUCGUCCUCCGGCAGCGACGGCGAAGGCCCCGCGACUACUUCAGUCCGAGGUAGUGGUCCUGCCGGAGGCGUUAUUCACGACUACUGCGGGGGCGUCGACUUCAACGACGUCUCGCUCGGCGAGGCCUUUUCCUGUUUCGAGAUGGAUGAGGUGGACGCCUCGGAGAUGGCCGACUUGACGUCAGAGGUCUCUACGUCCCCAGAGGAAGCGGAAGUCAUCCUUAACAUCCUCGCCAAACAUGAGGACUUCCUUGAUCAACUCCUGAACGACGAGUCUGUUUUCAGCUCGGCCCCCGUAGGCGACGGAGCCUCCACGGAAGACUACGUCGAAGACCUCGACGUCGAGUUCUUGGACCCCUCAGGUCGUUCAUGGCUAGACUUCUCCUCUCUUCACAGAGAUUCAUGGCUAGACUCGUCCUUACUUCACAGAGGUUCAUGGGUAGAGUCGUCGUACUCUCUUCACAGAGGUCCACGGGUAGACUCGUCGUCUCUUCACCGGGCCUGGUCCGGCUCCCGUACUCCUGAACCGCAGCCUAUCUUCUACGACGAGCCCUCUCGACAGCUUCUUCACGACUGCAUGUGGUCAGGACAGUGCGCCGACGACUGCAAGCAGAAGGCGGCCCGCGAAAAGGGGUCGGCCUCCUCGUCGCUCCUGGCCUGUUCGCCGUUCGAAGACCUGGUCAUCUCCCCGGCGUCCGCCAUGACCCCGACGUCUCCCGAUGAUGUCCUGGACAUGCGGAUUCCUCUGACGCCACCCGUGACCAGAGGAACAGGGUCAACGACAUUGGCUGCCGUUUCACCCGCGACUACCUCGACGUCAAAGAUGACUUCGGUGACUUCAUCUUCAGUGCGUACUGCCGCUGCUGCGGUCGCAGACGACGCCUUGGUUGCCGGUCAGUGCGUCGACCCCAGUUCGGUUCUGAGUUACACGCCCCUGAGCGACCACUCGUACCACCAGGCGACCUCUUCGGCUCCCCCGACGCCGCCGGACUCCCCGAAGGCCGUCUCGCAGCAGUCUUCUUCGACGCCGUCGUCGACUUCUAGAGGUGCAGGGAACGGGUCUGCGGGCGUAGGACAGCUCACUCUUUACCGUUCUCACAACGGCAACUGGCAACGCGGCGCCAUGGUCAUGUCGGAUACGCCGUCUGAAUCGGAUGACGACGACGACGAUGAUGAUGAUGACGAUGAGGAGGAGGAGCGCCAGCCGUCUGUAGAGCAGCAGGACGACGACGACGAUGAGGACGACGACGAUGAUGACGAUGACGACGACGACGAUGACGACGACGAAGAGAUCGACGUCGUUACCGUCGUCGGCGAGCGCCACCAGCGGCACGGCGCUCCCGCUGUUGUUGCACUUCCGGCCAACGGUGCCACCGCGAUCCGCGUCGCCGGCGUCCGGGGCCAGCCGCGGUCCUCUCCGGCGCCGCCUGUCGUCUCCCGCAUCACGUCCAGCGGCCGCGUCGUCACGCCCUCGCACAAAGCCCUGCACAACAACGGCCAGACGUCCCGGAGACGACGUCGCGGCGGCGUCACCGUCGCCGUGACUCCCGCGUCUCCUCCGAACGCCUCCGCCGCGUCUUCGAUGACCGGCAAGAGGAAGCGUUCCCGGCAGUACCACCACCACCACCAGGCGUCCCAGCAUCAUCACGGCUCCCUGCUGACACACUCGAAGCGCUCGAGGCGUGAAAACGACGACGCCGGCAUGGGCUCGCCGUCGUCCGCCCGGCGCGGCCACCACCCGCUGUCCCAGCUGCCACCCAGCGUCAGGCGCAACGAGCACAAUACCAUGGAGCGCAAGCGGCGCGACGACCUGCGCGUCGCCUUCCAGGACCUCCGGGUCCGGGUCCCCUCCCUGUACGACAACAAGAAGGCGGCCAAGGUGACCAUACUGAACGAGGCCGCCGCGUACGCGCACAAGCUCACCAACGAGGCGUACCAGCAGGAGAAAAUGUACAAGCACGAACAGCAGCGCCAGCAAAUGCUCCGGCGAAAGCUCGCGCAGCUCCAGCAGCAGUAUCAGCAGCAGCAACGGAUACGCCACGGCAGGCGCUAAGUGAAUGGAACUCGGUGGUGUCGAUGGAACUCUGUGGUGCUGACCCACCGACUCCGCAGUGUUCGUCGCUGUGUUGGCACUGGUGACAGACGCUCCCCUGUCUUGAGGCUCUGUCGGACAGUCCUUGCGAGCCCGGAGCUUCUCUGCAUCGGUGCCUACUCAGCGGCAAUGGACCAGAGCCCACAUCCCUGCAAUUCACCGAUGUCUGAACUCUUUGCGGAACUGAAUGUCAGCCCUCCUCUGCAAAUUUAAUGCUUGGGACUUCUGUCGUGUGUGCUUGAAUGGUUAUUGGACACUCUUCAGUGUGAUGGCAAUGCAUGCACACAUGGAAGCCCACCCUAUUAUAUACAUGCGUUCGAACUUUGAAAAUGGCUUCCUAGCCGACUGUGCAGCGUUUUGUAGCACGGGUAACUUUUUUUUUUUUUUUUCAUGAAUGUAAGGAUGUUGCUUUGAAGUUGCUGUUAAAACCAGCUGGCUGCUUUUUAAGUCUUUAAGUGGAAGCAGGAGUGGGCUCUUGAGCACCGUACUUGCAUUUUUUUUUAAAUUCUUUAACCAGGUAUUGGCUGCGUAUUGACUGUGAUCUAAAGAGUUCUGCUUAUUUUUGCACGUAGGAGAUAGUUUUGGGAAAAGCAGUUGGCAGAACGUGAUUGGUUCUGUAGAUUUUGGAAAUUUUUUUUAAGAAACUGUUUUGAAAUGGGGUGUAGUGUUUUAUGCUGCGUUGAGGAAAGGGGGUGCAGCCAAUACUUGGGGUUUCAGGGAACCUGAACAAGGGAAAGAAAAAAGGUGCAGGUUUGGUGCGUCUUUGUCGAAACAGCUAGUCCUAUGUGGUAUGUGUUUUGUGGUGUUUGUGUUGUAUAUGCUGUCUGUCUGUUUUUAAGUUUAGCUCCGUUCUUACUCUGCGCGCAGCUGCCUAAAGUGAUUGGCAGGGAGAAAUAGGUCUGUAGGGCUGCUGCUACAGAGUUCAAGAACAUAAUUUUAGAUAUAGAUGUCCAUCUAUAUAUAUUGCACAUAUAACCACCUACCUGUCAUUGUUCGUGGGGGCCUUCUUACUGGUAAUUGUAUCAUUAUGGCUUUUGUAUUUUUUUGUAGUUUUUGGAAACUUGUGCCUGUUGGUGUGCUUGUACGAUGUGCUUUCACAGUAAUUUUGGCCAAUUGAAGGCUCAUUUCAGCAUUUAUUCCUCUCCUUUCUUUUCACAACUGCCGCUCUUUAAUACAUUUCAUUUCACACGGUGCUAAUUGGUCUGAAUAACCAGGCUCUCAUACGUGAGUGGCACCUCGUUGCAUGCCAUUAUGAUGAGGCAGCUAUAGGUACUGUUCAUAUGUAAAAGCGACCGAACUAAAGAUGUACGCAUGGUUGCCGGUACCUGUAGAAGUUGCUUCGUAGGCUUCUUUUCUUUUGCUUUGAGCUGCAGCUAAAUCUGGUCCUCUCAUUAACUGUCUGCCAGCAACAACGUCAAGACUUUACUUGGAGCAUCCACAUAGUGGGCGGCCAUUUCAUAGGUGGCUGGUGUGCUAGUGGCCGACGAGUUGAUUGCUCCACCACAACCAAAUGGCCAAUACAUAUGCUGUCUGGUCCUGAUCUCUUGCUAGAGAUACCGUUGUGGGAUGUGCAUGUUGUUCACUACAGACGCUGAACUGUGCGUUGAGGACACUACAGUGAACAGUGUACAUCUUUUUUUUUUUGCUACAAAAGAGUACACUCCUGAUCGAAUUGCUGCACACUUCAGGACUAUGUUCUGGGCACACAGUUCAAGGACCACUAUGCAUGACUUGUGUUAAGCCACAUACAGAUUUGUGGAGCAGGAUAGUGCUAUGACCUGCCGCUCCGAGGGCUGCUCAGUUCAGCUAGCAUUGCAUAGUUGCGAUGCCAGACUAUGCAAGUCAUUUGUAGAGGCAAUUUGAACACAAUACAGCGAUGGCAUACAACCCAGCUGCGGGGUACUUUGAUUGGGUACUUUGGCCUGAUGCAAUGUUCACUUUUGAUUGGAUAAUCAUCCAUUCCCUUUUCACGUCACUCAUUUCUCCUGAAUACUGUGUUUUAGCGCUUUCUUCAACUUCAGUGCUUGCAGCAAUUUUUGGGCAUUAGCUGUUUUAGUCUCGCGAGAUGCGCUUUCAUAUUCUUCACAGCGCCAUAAGUUCGCACACUGUUGUAGCUCUUGAAGCCAUUUCUUUUUCCUAGGGUGCAGCUGGAGCUGGCUGCUAGUGCCUUCUCAAUGUUGGCCUGGUGGCGUGGUCAUGGGUUUGACUCCUUUGCUGCAAGCACUUGUGCGGUAGUGUACCUGUGGUUUUAAGUAACGCUAGGGGACUACCCAAGUCUCAGUCGUGUAGAGGUCGAAAUCCAGUCAAUCUUGGCCCCACCCAACAUUGUUUGAAUUGAAAGCUAGCCUUGUUCAGUGAGUUACCCUAACCAGGUCGAGCCCUUGUGUUUUCCAUUGCCUUGUGACUCUGGGCAAACCUGUACUAAUUUCAUGUAAUAGACUUUUUUUUUUUGGCAUAGAAAUGUGCCAUCUUUUUUUCUAUUUAUGCUCGCAGUAAUAGGCUAUGUGAAGGUACCUACUGUUAGAUGGUUUUUCUUGUAUGUGUGAGUCUUAGUUUCUUUUAUUGCCGCAUAUGUAGCCCCCAAUGUUUAGCCUCAGCUGUUGCUCGCCCGCAUUUAUAGGCUUGUUCUCCAUACAGUCUGGCUUCAGUAUCAACCUUGUUUAGUCCGUGGCUGCCUCAUGCAUUCCUUUUCUUUUUGCGCUAAACUACCAGUGAACCCUUUAGUCUAAAAGAAGCAAAGACAUUAGUUUCUCAACUAAAGGCUUUUCACUGUUGAGAUAUCUGAAAUUCGGUCCCGGAGGUUGCAGCUCUUACACUUAAUUCACAAUGCCUAAUUUUGCACGAGCACCAUACCUACGCUCGCACUAGCUAUGAAAUUUCUCAAUUUAUUCUUGCCUGUUUAGUCAAGUCAUUGCUGCACAUUUGUCUUGGCACAGUAUGGCUACACGGAGAUGUUUGUUUUACAUUCUGCGCCCUCUUUUAUUUGUUUGAAAUACACCCUUAAAGUUCCUACACUUAGAUAUAGCUAGUAAUUAUUAGAUUUAUAUUUGCAGUGGGUUUGUUGUACAUGCCAAGUGUUUUAUGGUAGUAUCGCCUAUGGGGGACUACUUUUUACCCACUCGUAGUGAACCUACUAGGAAGGGGUAUUUUUUCGCACAUGCUACAUUAUUAUACUAAGCCACAUGUAUAACCCAACCUUGCCAAGACGUUGUACCUUAGGAUCACUGGCCUUUUUUUUUUUUCAACAUUAAUCGUGACACUUGAGUCUUUAGCACAAACUCGUUUGUAUUCUUCAGUCGAUAUUGUGAUACCGGGGAGUCACUGAAGGAUUCAAUUUUUCAUGUACUAUCAUUGUGUGUUUGUUGCCUGAUGAUUGCCAUCUUUUUUAUUACAUGGUCUCGUGAUGGUUUGGAGCUUACGCUAGCUGAUGCAAAAACUUGGAAUUGUUAACCAUCGUGAGUUGCUUUGAGUGGAGUUCAGUAGUCGAGAAUGCGAGAGCAGAUUGCUGCCACGUGCUGUUGUGGUUUGGAUCUGGGACGACGUUUGUCUGCUUCCCACGGGUUGUCUAUGGAAGGAGGCGGCUUCUGUUUUCUAAAUUUCGCCUAUGGCUCUUCACUCGAACAUUUUGUGCGUAUAUUUCAAUGCAAACCCCUCUCCUAAUGUGUUAGUGUGGAGACUUAAGUGCUGUAGCAAUAGUUUCCAAUUUUGUGAUGUAACCUUACCUUGGCCAUAAGUAAGCGUCAUGUGUGCACUUUUUGUUUUGUUUUUUUAAUGGAAACAUUCGACCACAUUUUUUAAUGCUUUGGACAAGCUGUCCUGGCUCUUUUUUAAUGGUAUUUUUUUCGUAAUGUGGAGAAGCUCCUUCAAUGCAAGUUUUUCUCGCACAAUAUGGUUCCCCAAAACGAGGAUGCAAAUGCAAAGGGUUUUCAUCGUGUGCUGUGCCGUUCACAUUGUGUCGUUUCGCUCAUAGGAACUCUUUUUUUAAAACACACCGAUUGUUAUUAUGCAUGUUCUUGAUUUUAAUCUUGUGUUUCUGUAGGGGGUUUUUAUUUUUAGACUUUGUGUAAAUGUACGUUUUUGCCAUAUCGACAGCCCGGAAUUUUUUUCUCUUUAGAACUGUCUCGCUUGUAUCGAGAAAGCUCCAAUUGAUACCUUUCUCAAUGCCUGUAAUCCUCUACUGCCGUGCCUUAUAGUGGAAGUCUGGAAAAAAAAAAGCAUAGUCGUUUCAUCGAACAUUACCACUUGCAUUUUAUAUAUACAUUGCGAUAUUAUGUAUACAUACUAUAUAUAUAUACCAGACAGAUGACUUGCUCUUUCCCCAUUUUGUAAUUUACUGUUACACCUCAGCCAUCAUCAUUACAGGAUCAUAGCUUUAAUAUUGGUAAAGUGAGACAGAAGCGAAACUGUGAACGUCAAUGUUAGAUUGCUGUAUGUAAGGUCUUUUUUUACUCUUUCAAACCGAAGAAUAGAAGGCGUUUGAGUCUUGCUAUGAGGGAGCGUCUUUCUUUUUGUUUUGCACGCGCGAGUUUGAUAAGUUAUGAGUGCCAAGGAAGGAUUUGAAUAGGAUUACGAUGCAGUUGAGAAGCAAAUUAAAAUGUUGUUUUU